AUGGGUGUCCAGGACGUCCUCUCCCGAAAGGCCGGUGUCAUCGUUGGUGAUGAUGUUUUGGCUCUCUUCCAACAUGCUCAGGAGAACAACUAUGCCAUUCCCGCCAUUAACGUGACCUCUUCCUCAACUGUGGUCGCAGCUCUCGAGGCCGCUCGAGAUGCCAAAGCUCCUAUCAUCCUUCAAACUUCCCAGGGAGGUGCUGCAUAUUUCGCCGGCAAGGGUGUUAAAAAUGGCAACCAAGAAGCUUCCAUUGCGGGUGCCAUUGCUGCAGCUGAAUACGUCCGAGCUGUCGCUCCUGUCUACGGCAUCCCAGUUGUCCUGCACACUGACCACUGCGCCAAGAAACUGCUUCCAUGGCUCGAUGGCAUGUUGGAUGCAGAUGAGGCAUACUUCAAGCAACACGGAGAGCCUCUCUUCUCGUCUCACAUGAUCGAUCUUUCCGAAGAGGAGGUUGACUGGAACAUCGAGACAACUGCCAAGUACUUGAAGCGGGCUGCUCCCAUGAAGCAAUGGCUUGAGAUGGAAAUUGGCAUUACCGGCGGUGAGGAAGACGGAGUCAACAACGAAGAUGUUGACAACAACUCUCUCUACACACAGCCUGAGGACAUUCACCUUAUCUACACCACUCUCAAGAAGAUCUCACCAUAUUUCUCGAUCGCAGCCGGAUUUGGCAAUGUCCAUGGCGUGUACAAGCCUGGAAAUGUCAAGCUCCACCCGGAACUGCUCGACAAGCACCAGAAAUAUGUCAAGGAAAAGGAGUCGACCAAGUCGGAUAAGCCAGUGUACCUUGUCUUCCACGGUGGUUCCGGUUCGACAAAGAAAGAAUACACCGAUGCAAUCAGCUACGGCGUUGUCAAAGUCAAUCUUGAUACAGAUUUGCAAUACGCUUACUUGACGGGUAUCCGCGACUAUAUUCUGAACAAGAAGGACUACCUGAUGAAGCAGGUGGGUAACCCUGACGGAGACGACAAGCCCAACAAGAAGUACUUCGAUCCUCGUGUGUGGGUUCGUGAGGGUGAGAAGACAAUGAGUGCUCGCGUGACAGAGGGUUUGAAGGAUUUCAACACUGCUGGCCAGCUAUAG